AUGGCAGCCCUUGCUGUUGGAAGGAAAGAAGAUAAUAGAGAUCUAGAUCAUUGUGAUAUCCCAUACUAUGUUUCUGAAUUUGUGGAAAGAGAAGUUGGAAACGAUUAUGAUUCUCUGAGGAAGCUAGACAACCUUAUUGAUAAGCUGACUGAAAAUAAGAAGCACUUAGAAGAACAGGUACUUACAGUUUCAUCAGAAGUCCCUAAAAGAAUUCAGAAUGCCUUAAAGAACGCCGAAGAUUCUAAAAAGUCUCUGAGUCGGCUUCUAGAAGAAGAAACUCUUCUCUCUGACUCAAUCAAUAGCCACUUGCUGAAAGCUCAGCCAUGGAUGGAGGAUCUUGAUGUACUGAUUAGUCAAGUAGAAGAGAUUGAACGACACUUGUCCUAUCUUAAAUGGAUAUCACGAAUAGAAGAGUUAAGUGAUAGCAUUCAGCAAUAUCUGAUGACUAACAAUGUUCCAGAGGCAGCCAGUACUCUAGCAUUCAUGGCAGAACUGGAUAUUAAGCUUCAGGAGUCAUCUUGUUCUCAUCUUCUUGCUUUUGUGAGAUCCACUGUUAAAUUCUGGCAUAAAAUUCUUAAGGACAAAUUGUCAAGUGACUUUGAAGAGGUACUAACCCAGCUCCGCUGGCCGUUUGUGGGACCACCACAGUCUCAGGCAUUUGGCCUUGCUGCACCAGCCAGUGCUCCUGAUGUAUACAACAAUUUGGAGAUGUUGUUUUGUCAGCUUCUGAAAUUGCAGACCUCAGAUGAACUGUUUACCAAACCUAAACAAUUGCCAGAAAAGUACUCUCUACCCCCAUCGCCACCCAUUAUCCUUCCCAUACAGAUCAUGCUGAAUCCUCUUCAGAAAAGAUUCAAGUAUCAUUUCACUGGAAAUAAACAAACCAAUGUUCUAAACAAGCCUGAGUGGUAUUUGACACAAGUACUUAUGUGGAUUGGAAAUCAUGCAAAGUUCCUUGAUGACAAAAUCCAGCCAGUACUGGACAAGGCAGGAUCUUCAGUGAAUGCUGGGCUUGAAUUCUCUCGUGGUCUAGUAAUGCUGAUUUUGGAGAAGCUGGCUGCUGAUAUUCCAUGCCUGUUGUACGAUGAUACACUCUUUUGUCACCUUGUGGAUGAGGUACUUCUAUUUGAGAGAGAGUUAUACAGCGUUCAUGGUUAUCUCAGCAGCUUUCCCAGCUGCAUGCAUAUUCUGUCAGAAGAAUCCUGCUUCCAAAGGUGGCUAACAGUGGAAAAAAAAUUUGCUCUUCAGAAAAUGGACUCUAUGCUUUCAUCAGAGGCUGCGUGGAUAUCGCAAUACAAAGAUAUCACUGAUGUAGAUGAAAUGAAAGUCCCAGACUGCGCUGAAACUUUUAUGACUCUAUUGUUAGUUAUAACAGAUAGGUAUAAGAAUCUUCCAACGGCUUCCAGAAAGCUACAGUUCCUGGGCUUACAGAAAGAGUUAGUUGAUGAUUUCAGGAUACGAUUAACUCAAGUAAUGAAGGAAGAGACUAGAGCUUCCUUAGGCUUCCGGUACUGUGCAAUCCUUAAUGCUGUUAACUAUAUAGCAACAGUGUUGGCAGACUGGGCUGACAAUGUAUUCUUCUUGCAGCUACAGCAGGCUGAACUGGAGAUUCAUGCAGAAAGUGACACUGUCAGUCAACUACAGCUAGGGCAGCUGGCUUCGAUGGAGACUUCUGUCUUUGAUGAAAUGAUUAACCUCCUGGAACGCCUGAAACAUGACAUGCUGACUCGUCAAGUAGAUCAUGUCUUCAGAGAGGUCAAGGAUGCUGCAAAGCUGUACAAAAAAGAGAGGUGGUUGUCUUUACCAUCUCAAGCAGAGCAAGCAGUAAUGUCUUUAUCGAGCACAGCCUGCCCAAUGUUGUUGACCCUACGAGACCGCUUGCUGCAACUAGAACAGCAGCUCUGUCACUCACUCUUCAAAAUUUUCUGGCAAAUGCUUGCAGAGAAAGUGGACAUAUACAUAUAUCAGGAAAUAAUUAUGGCAAAUCAUUUCAAUGAAGGAGGAGCAGCACAACUCCAGUUUGACAUGAGUAGAAAUCUGUUCCCUUUGUUUUCCCACUACUGCAAGAGGCCAGAAAACUAUUUCAAGCACAUAAAAGAAGCCUGUAUUAUCCUGAACUUGAAUAUUGGCUCUGCCUUGCUUCUGAAGGAUGUACUACAGUCAGCUUCAGAAAAUGAAACAGCGUUAAAGCCAAACCAGCCAUCUGCAACAGCAGCACUAAAUGAACUUGGAGUUUAUAAAUUAUCUCAAAAGGAUGUUGAGAUUCUUCUCAAUUUGAGAGCUAGUUGGCCAAAUACAGGAAAAUAGAGACUAAUUCAGAAAUGGUUAA